AUGUCGCAACCACACCACAUGAAACGCUUCGGCGUUGAUGGCGACAGCCAAAAAGAGGGAGAAACAACGAAGAAGAAGAAGAAGAAAAAUCUGAUGCUCAAAACCAAACGCCAACGAGAAAAAGAAUUUCAUUCAGAAACAACAAACGAGUUUAAAAGAAGAAGAAGAUCAAAACGAGAAGAAGCAGAAGACGAAAAGAACGACGAAGAAGACGAGAGUAUGCGUUUCAAAUACUCCAUGUCUCAGUUUGCCACGCAACAAAACCAGCAGAAAAAAGUGGAAGUCAUAUGCGAGGUGUGCGGAAACUCAGGCCUCGAGAAUUUCGAGGAAGACCAGAAAACUGGCAGUUAUUUCUGUAAAAAGUGCAACGCGAAGACGGAUGCUUUGGUCGUCGCACCAGACGCGGAAGCUUUGGCGAGAGCUUUGCCUGGCUUCGGCGGAGAACAAGGACCGAUGUCUUUUCACGGCGCGAGAAGAAGACGGGUCGGUUUUGGUCAUCGAGUGCACGAUUAUUCGCAACAGUUUACCAAAGAGGAAAGGAUGAUGGAAGAGAAGAGAGCGCUGAGAAUCGAAGAGAGGAAAUUUACGAAAAUGGUGGACUUGCACUGCGAAACGAUGACGAAAUUACUCAGAGCGCAAUGCGAAUUCUUCGUGGAAAGGUACAUGGAAUCUUCUUCUUACGGCGACAAGGACGAAGAAGAAAGAGAGAAGAGACGAAGAGAGAAACGCGCGAACGAGUUUCGAAAGGCGUGUCGCUCGAUUUGGUUUGCACUGUUAGCCGCAAAAGAUGAACUUUUCUCGAUCGAUAUGGACGACAUUGGCAGCGUGAACGAUGCACUCAGAACUUCGACGUUUGUUAUGAACACGAGAAAGCUACGGAAGGAAAGGAGAAAAGCCAUCGCCGACGCAAAACGACAAAAGGAAAUGUUGGCGUAUUCGGACGACGACGACGACGACGACGUAGACGAAGGGGGAGGAGGAUUAGAAUUAGAAGAAGAAGAGAACAUCGAAGAUGAUAACGAUGGUGAAGAUUAUCAAGAAGACGAGGAUGAUGACGCCGAAGAUGUCGACGGCAGAAAAGACAAAAACGGAAAAAGUUUAAAAAUGGAGGCUGAAGAAGAGAGGCAACAUCUCAACGCCGUAAACUCUCUCAUCAUGGCGCAUUUACCACAGAAAUUGACGCUUGGAGUAUUGUUCGUUGCCACGCGGAUGUGUUUUGCGGACGAAGAAUCGUUCGGAUUCACCUUUGCGAGAGACAUUUCAACGCUUGCAUCGACCGGAAAGUUGCCGUACUUGCGGCCGACGACGAAUAUCUAUAACAUGCGCGCGUGGGGAAAAGACUUGUUGAGACCGAGAACUAUGCCAACGAGCACGGACGUGAUCCAAGUGGCUGAAUAUAUUGUCGCGAAAACCGGUCUGCGUGAGGACAUAGUAUUUGAACGAAAUGUUUUCAAUCUUACCAGGGAAUUAGUACGCAGAGCGUUCCAGUCUUCGUUUCCGGCUUUUCUGCAUCAACAACCUCACAAACCCGCCGAGGCUGUCGUUGUCGCUAGAAACGACGAGAACGUAAAUACCAACGCUGACGACGACAACAGCGAAAGCAAGGCUGUAAAAAAGAAGACACAAUCGCCGCUUUUGUCUCGCGUUGCGGAUGCUUAUUGCGAGAGCGCCGAAAACUUGAUGCAAUUCUUGGGUUACGAUUUCCUCCUCGACAAGGAGAAAUACAAAUUCGAGGCUGGUCAAAUGCCUCAGAUUAGCAGAAUGAAAGAAGCGGACGCGCGUAAGAUGUUGAGCACAUAUCCAGCUGAAGUGCACGCGUCUGCAAUUAUCGUGGUAACGCUCAAACUUUUAUUUGGUCUUGACGGAAGAGUCAAGUCUCUUCAACGUAAACGGACGGCGUCAAAUCACGUUCCCGAUUGCUUCCCAGUCGACGAAAGAGAAAAUAGCGCGCUCAAAGCACCCGCAGAUGGGUGGCUCGUAUGGGCAACGAACGCUCGAAAAGCGUUCCAGGAAGAACUCCUUCGAAAACGUCGCGCUAUUCCACCAAUUUUGGCGAAAGAUAAACGGAAAGAUGAUGCGAAGGACGUUAACGCGUACAUCGAUUGGUGCGAGGCGAACAUAUUCGACGAUGCGACGAAGAAGCUUUCUGGCCGGUUCAAUAUCGUGCGCGAUAAAUUGUGCAAGAUGGCGGCGGGAAAAUCAGCGGCAAAGAUAGGAAAAGAUUACAGAGACGACGACAACAACGAUGGUGCAAUAACAUUACCAUUGAAAGCCGAUGCGGGUGCAAAAUUAUACGAAGUCUACGUGGACGUACCUUUCACCAAAGGCAAGAGCGACAGAGCUUCAGCAGCUGCGGUAGCUCAUGCAGACGGUAACAUCGGCUUCAAACAUGCUGGAUCGUUCGUGCACACUUACUCACGAAUCGAUUUGAACGCACCGGAGUACAUCGCCGUAUUAAAUUGGGCAUCGGAAGUGUGCGGCGCAAACUUCAAAAGCGCGCACCACUGCGUUAUGAUUAUGGAAAUGCUGCUGCUGUUAGAGGACAAUAAGUUUGCGAAUCACAUUAAAAACACGUGGAACGUUGCACCACGCUCUGUGUUGAAAGAAAGAGAGGAGAAGACGGCGAUGGCGACGACAACGAUAAGGAAGAAGACGAAGAAAGAGAAGAAGAAGGAAAAAAAGAAUAAGAAUAAGAAGAGCGCGGCGGCGAGUCCAAAUCCGCCGCCGCCGCCGUCGCUUAUUAGGAGGUCGCCUCGUCUAAAAAGAAGCUCAAAAUAA